CCAACAGGUACUUGUUUCCUAUAUUCUGCACUGUCAUAUAGUAUCGCGUGAGUUGUAUCAUCGCUUUGCACCAACCAUGUUGUCCCAGUUGCGUGCCCUUGGCAGAGCAGCUCCUCGGGCAAUGACGCUGUUGAAUCGUCAAGCCUUCAGGCCAGGAAUAGGAUUCCACACCAGCCAGAUCAGCAAUAGUGCGAAGGUUAUGAAAUCUACACUGACAUUGGCUACCAGACGAGUUCCCAAUGGACAGACUUGGUCCCACUUCUUUCCGAAAUGGAUAAAACCUCGAACACAACGUAUUAACCUGCGUAAGGCAUUCGGUGGCGUAUCGACUGCGAGUGCUGCUGGAAUAUCGCUGGGUCUGUCUAUCUUCACCGCGCCUGCUAUGUGCGAACCAUGCCGCGAAUCAGUCGAGUCGGCAAAAGCAAGCUACUCGAAGAUUUGGCACAAGCCUCGUUCCCUCGAAGAGAUUGUUGCUGUGUACGCGAAGCAUACCUCCAUGUUGACGCAAGAAGUUGCUGAUCUCAAAGUGAACAACGAAAGAAUGAUUAGUACCCUUUUGCUAAAUGAGGCUCGCAUCGCUGCCGCCUCUGAAACGACCCAAAUGCUUCGUGAAGAACUGGAGUCGACUCGGAAUCAACACAUAUCCGACAUACAUGAGCUGGAGGAUGCGAGAAUAGCGCUCGCAGAGAUGAAUGAGAACCUCGAUUGGAAGCUUGAAGCGAGCCACACCUGUGUCAUAUGCAUGGAGGAUCCGAGAGCUAUGAGAUUUGACUGUGGACAUUUAAUAGCGUGUAGAGGAUGUACAGACUUGCUAGUAGAUAAGGGACAUCCUUGCCCAAUGUGUCGAUCGUCGAUCGGCGAUCCACUUCCGGUCUUCGUAUCUUAGUAUACUUUAAAAGAGUCUCGGAACCGAAUUUUCAUCAACUCGCCGGUAGUAUGCCGCCGACGCCGUUAAGGGACACUGAUACGAGCCAUGUGUGCUUGGUAAUUUUUUUUCGAAUAGUAACGAUUCGGAGAAUGUGGUGGGUGUAGUUGUCCAAGUAUUUUCCGCCAUUAUGUAACGACGUUCAGAAUGGCAGCGCGGCCACCAUACCACGAUCUACUCCACGCCGGCUGCCUACUUUUUGUGUAGGAAGCUGGCAGCGUUGUCGGUAGCUCGAUUGAUGUCCCAUAGAUAUCUUGCUCUUGUUACACCUUGGUUCAAGCCAAUAAAGUUCUUGUUCAGUGAGAGUUAGACAAGCGGUAUCAGAUGACUGUUGAUUGAUUGUGCAACUCCGUUUCAAGCGUCACAUAAUAAAUUUUAUCGUGACUCACUACAGUAUGUACAUCGUGUCUAGAUAACGCUUUGU